AUGUCUCUGACUUUUCGAUUGGUCGGAGGACCGCCCUGGGGCUUCCGAGUCUCCCAUGAUGCAGAACUUCGCCCAGUCGUUGGUCAAGUGAGUUUCUACAGCUUUUAUUUUGAUUCAGGUAGAUUUAAUGCCUAAUGAGCAAUUUAUUGAUAAUAUUACUGUAGAAGAAGCUUUUUUUUUUCUAAGCCAGAAAACUGAAAAAAUUGGAAGAGAAAAAAGUUCUGUUGUAGAUCAUACCGGGGAGCAGAGCGUUUCUGAGCGGAAUCCACAUCGGUGACGUCAUCAUGACGGUGGACGGACUUCCCGUGGCUUCUUGCAACGACGCCCACGCGAAAAUACACGCGAAUCGCGACGAGAUGGUUUUAACAUUGCUCAGGUUAGUCGAAUAGGAAUUUAUUAGAGAUAAAAAAAUUUUUUUGAUUUUUUUCAACCGAUAAAGCUACAGUCACAUCGUUAUGAUUAUAUUAUCUUUUUGUUAUCAUUAAAUUUCCAAACACCACUUACUGUUCUGUUAUUUUUUCCAUGUUGUCUUAAAUUUUUCGUAAACAUUGUGAAAGUUGGAAGUCUAUGAUGAUUUUCUUUUUUUUGUUGUAUCACUUUUCGGUUCUUUCUAGCUUUUUUUUAGUUGUUAAAUUCGCUUUUUUUGGUAUGAAAACUGAGGAAAGUCGGCUGAUUAUAAAUGUCUCCCAAUUUUUUUGAAACUGCAAAGUUUUUCAUGUACGAGAUUGAAGUCAAUGAAAUUUCAUGAGAAAGGUUAAAAAAAUCACUAUUUUUCGAAAAAAAGACGAUUUCUUGGAAAUUGCGAAAAAAAUUUGAAAUUGGAUUUUUUUUCUGGUUGAAUAAAAAAAUUUAGUCGGUUGGGAUUUUCGAAAUCUUCAUCUAGCUUCCAGCUCCUUAAAAAAAUUGGCUAACUUUCAUGAAAAACUCCUGCUAAAUUUUUCUCAUAAUAAAUAUAUUGAAAAAUUAAAAUUUUUUUAAUUUUUUUAACACUUUUGUCAGUACUUUGUACUCGUAGCCCUCAUUCGAAAUCAGCCUCCACUCCUUCAAAUUUCGUCGGUCACACCAAAACACCAUAAAAACCCGUGUUCCAGUGUUAUCAUUCGAAUCGAAAAAGGUUAUCAACAGAGGUGUUUGAGACGAAACGGCUGCCUUUGCUCUUAUCGUUUUCCCAUAUUCCAAGCCACUGUCCCAAGUUUCGCGCUUUUUUCGCUUGGAGCAAGUUUGAUAAAAACUCGCCGAUGGGCGCUUCGUUCGGCUGUUUUGGCGCAAGGUUGGGAAAAUAAUCUCAAAAAAAGAUAAAUGAAUUUCCUGGAGUUUGGUUUAAUUUUGUUCCUCCCGCCACGGUCCAUUUGCCCUUAGAGUCAUGCUUCAUUGAUCUCAAACUAAUGGCUCUCCUCACAAAAUGACGAUCUUCCUUUUUCUUUUCUUUUUGUAUUUUUCGCUUUCAGACGCAACCUUCAAGACGCCUCUUCAGCCAGCAAACCGUAUUACUUUUUUUCUUCCUUUGUAGUUUUUUAUUCAUAGUUUUAUCUAAAGCAUAUAUUCUUAUUAAAUAGAAAUUCAGUCCUUUAAAUUCAAUUAUGAAGUCAUGUCAAUCUUUCAGAGUCCCAGAGAACUAUCAUCCAACUGUGAGAAGGGAAAAAUUGAGCUCCUCGGUGCACAACUCGCCAGUUUUUCAAAGAAACAGGUUAGGCUAGAAAUGUAAAAAUUUUCAGAAAUCUAAACUUUUCAGUUCGCCGCCCAGCUCGGUGCCGUCCUCACCUGUGCUCCCUCGAACAAAUCCGCACCUUUCAAGAAGUUCUCCACGACAAGUUCGCCUCGACAUGAUGCACGGCUCCAAGGCGGCCACUGAAGUUGGAAAAUCUUGAAAUUCCUAGAAAUAUUCAGUCAUUUAGGGCAGAAGGCGGUUUUUCGAGCAGUGCGCGGCUCGUAGUGAGCCUGUCUUGCCUGUCACUGAGCGAUUAUUAAAGAAGAAAAUUCAAAUGGGGGUUCAAAAAGGUAGUUUUAUAGUAUUCUCAAUCAAACAUUCUAUGAAAUUGUUAAAGACGCAUCUCACUACACCUUUUCAAAAUAAUUCAAAUGUGUUUCGUUUAUUAGCAAAAAACAACUCUGAUUAGAAAACAUAUAUUUCCCUUGUACUUGUUACAGUAUGUUUCUUUUACGCAUACACGCUGCUCCUGCGUACUAAACUUAUUUUACGCCUGAAGUUUUCUUUUGUUAUUCAAACGCUUUUCUAAAUUUUACCAGCCAUUUUCAAAGUUUUCCUUUAUUCAAACUCGUAAAUAUGAAUCACUUGGACGAUUAGGAUUCCCACACGUAAUAUCGUCAUUGCAAACUGCUUCGCGACCAGUUGCUGAAACGCCUUUUUUCCCGUCUGAAGUGCAAUGAUUGCCCGUUUUUCUUGCAGGCCCACCCACUGAGAGUUCUGGCGGCUAUGACAGUGCGGCGGGUGAUUUUGCCGGUAGAUCGAGCUCAACGAGUCUCCGAACGUCUCCGGAAGGGUUCGUUUUCAAGAUUUGAAAAUACUAGUCAGUUAUUCUAAAAUAAUCUCAUCAUUUUGUUUAAUUUGAAUUUGAUGUUCUGUGUAGUACGACUCUAAUUUUAAAUGGUUCAAACGAAAAACGGGGUUGUGAUUGGAUCAUCUAAAUCGGUGGGUUUACUUUGUAAUUUCAAAAAGUAUUCAUAAUAGGAAUUUUAACAGUCGAGUUUUCAAAAUCUGUUCAAAUCGUAUGUUACAGCAUUUUUAGCCUUUCUAAAAUUGUUCUCUCCCUGAGCUACGCUGCUUAUGUCUUCAAAAUUGGUAAUUGGAAAAAAAAAAUUUUUCUUUCUGGUCCUAAGAGUUCUUUCUAAUUGCCUUCUCAGCUGUUUUCCCUCAUAUUUUCUGAUUCGGCUCCCUGUGGACAGCGAAUUUCGGCAGAUGCCAAUCAAAAAUUGCACGAAUCUCCGUCAUUUCCUUUUUUGGCAGAAAAUCCUUCUUGUUUGGUUAAGUGCUCUGGUUUUACUUAUCAUAUAUAAUUUGCCAUGGUCAAGAAGAACAUGUUGUUUUUGCAUUAGGGAAUUUUUAUUUUCUCAAUCAAUAUUAAAUUCCCUAGAGAUAAUCUUAUAUUUUUUAGGUUAACUCGAAAAAUUUUUAUAUUUCAGGUAUCAUAUCACAUACGUAGAUAUUUUGUCAGUUUUUUUAAAGUAUUAUAUCAUUUUGUAGAAGAAGAAUUGACCUGUUUUUUUGAAAAAUUCAUAUCAACAAAGAUAUUUUUUUUCGCAAAUUGAAUGAAUGAGUUUUGGGGAUACCACAUUUUCCCUGUUCAUGAAAUCUAUUUGAUGGUGUUUCCUUCCUGAUUUGAGUGAACUGCGUCUUCAAAUUAAAAAAAAAUAAAUAGGCUCCAUGAAAAUGUUCCUUUUAAAAUGACAAAGGUUUCUUUUUUGCUGUCUUUUUGAGCCAUUUUUUCGGCUAUUUUGCACCAUUUCUCGAGCCUUUAAAAUCUCCAAAAAAGUGAAAGGCUCGAUAAAUGGACUCUCGUUGCUGCCUUUCUGCGGCCUUUUUUUAGCCUCUCUCUUUUAGCGACCAUUAUCCACCAUUCCGAUUUUGCCCGAGAAAUAUGGUUUUUUAGGAAGUAUGGCUCAUAAAAUAUUUUGAAGCUCAAUUUGAAACUAUCCAUCUUCUUACAACCACUACGAAGAGAAAAAGAAACUUUUUCUUUCAAUUUCUGAACAGAUGUCGGAUCGGCACGAUUCCUCUGCUCGUCUGUUUUGUUAACCCCAAGAUUGCAACGGAAAAAAGCUGAGAGUGGCGAAAAAAAGAAAGAUUUUGAAACGUCGUCCAGCUGUGACCGACGCUCCUCACGUUCUCCUUUCUGCGACAUUUCUUUCAAAACGCGUAAUCCGUCGCUAACUUUCCAUCCGUCUUUGUUGAGAACUUUUUCUGGGUAGGAACCCAAGGAAAGGGAGAAAGAACGGCAAACUCUUUUGAAGUUUUCCUCUUGGCUCGUCCUUUUUUGAAUAUCUGUCCUCAAUGUUUGCAGAUGAUGUAAUAAUGGAAAUCUUGGGGGUUUCUCCAUGAAUUUACCGCAGAAUCAAACUUUUAUCAUUCUUCAAAGUUUCUAUACAAUCACUGGAAAGUUCAAGAUCAAAAGCAAGCGAUUUCAGUAGUUCGGCUGGAGCAGAAGACGUCGACGAGAAGACGUUGAUCGUUGACGAGGUGCCAGUUCAAAAACCUGAUCCAGGUCGGUUUCCUUUUUCUGUUUUACAGAGGGAAACAAGAAAUAAAUCUAGCAAGUUCGAGAAAAAAAAUGCUUGCCCCUUCUACCUUCCCACUUCAAUGUUUCUAGCUUCUUUUUGUCGAUUUCCAAGCGACGCAAUGUUGUUCGCAGGUGUAAGCUCUUGACCCCUCCUCGGUCCAUUUUUUUUUGUUUUUCUGUUUGGCCAGUGAAAGUUUUGCGAAAGCUGGCCGUCCGUCCGUCUGUUUUUAUGUUCUCCAGACGUUUGCUUUUGGUUUUAAAUAUUUGUUUUGAAACGAUUUUGGGAAUUUGAAGACAUUCUUCUCUUGACCAUCUAUUUUGUGACUGUAUCGUUGUUUUUCUACAGUUUCGUCUUUUUUUGAAUCAAGAAAAACUUUUUUGAUGGCAAAUAAGGAGAAUGAAGAAUUUUGUGAUUUUAUCGAAUCUGAAAACUGAUCGAUAAUCUACUUUUUCAUUUAUUUUCCUCAGCCAUAACACAGUUUCUUGCAUCAAGAAUCACCCGCAAGGGUAAGACGAUUCUAGUUUGAGUUUUUAUCAAUCUGAAAACUUUCCCAAACACUUAGACAUCUUGAACUUUCUCCUAGACUGUGUCGAAAAUUUUUUUGUUUUGGAGACUAGAAUUUUCAAAAUAUAACUUCAAACUCUGAAACAACGUCUGUUUAAAACUCCUAAAAGUUUGAGGAGGUAGUACCCAUGAAAAAUCGUAAGUUAGAUGACAGCGUUUUCCGGGAAUUUCUAGACUUCCCAUCGAAGAACCUUUUUCCAAGUGCCGAUGAGUUAUCGAUAUCUUUCUCGAAAAAACGCCGGUGAUUUCCUGAUCCGAAAAGCCAAGAAAACUCUUUUAAACUCCUCGACUUCACAAUUUUUCGGUGGUUUUAAAAAAGAGGUCGUUGAAAUGUGAAAAUGAACGGUGGAGGAACAUGCUUUUUGGAUUGUAAUACGUAUCGACGGACGGACGGGGGGUGCCAAUCAGUAGUGGAAGGAGACGCCGAGGGGCUGUAAAGAAGCUGCUCGAGGCGGCAUGCGACUGCCGCCAUGACCCUCUCCUUCGUUUCCAGUCUGUCCUCUCGGUUACUCGGCUAAUUCAAUUGUUUAUCACCUCAUAAGGAAGUUUUACCCAUUAAAAACACAAUCUUUUUGUUUCUGUACACGAUCGAAGAAGUCUUUUUAUAAGAUUAGGUUUGAAAGUAAGCUCGGGUAUUUUAAUGGUUGAUCACUCAGAGAGAAAGUUUCUGUUGAAUAAUGAAGGCUUGAUUUUAUUUUUAAACGCCUCUUUAAAAGUUAGGAUGACGGAGUAAGCUUGAAUAAUCCAUUGUCUAUCACCUCAUAAGAAACAUUUUCAUUGAAAAAAAUUUUUGGAUUGUUUUCCUGUUAACGAUUAAAAAAAGAUCUUUUUAUUUGUUCGGAUCAAGUAAGUGAACUCAACCUUUUUUUACGAUUUAUUAUUCAAUGCCAAAAAGAACUUUUUUUAUAAAGUUUAUUUGUAUUAGAGAUAAUAGGAAUCUUUAUUUUACAGAUUUGGGCCACACUUUUUUUGAGUAGCACUUCCUAUUCGGAGACUUUAAUGUUUUUUGGGCUUUGAAGAGAUUUUUUUUCUCAGAUUGAGUCACUCUUAUUCAGGAAAUGGAGUCAAAACAUGAAAUAUAAGUUGGUCCGUUAUAAGAAAAGAAAACCUUUAUUGCCGCUCAUAUAGUGAUUUUAAUGGAAAAAACGGCUCCUCUGAACUGAAAUACAAAUUCUUCUCUUUUUUGUAAUAGGGAAGCUUGUUCAAUCUCUACAACCAAUUGGUCAACGGCUCAAUUUGUAGUUCUAUUCAUUGGACCAAGAUUUUUUUUUUCAACUUUCAUUUUAGUCAGGAAAAUAAGUCUCAUUUUUAAGUUUUUCUGGGUUUUUGGUUAUAUGAAUAUAUAUUUUUUUUAUUUUUUCAUGUGUCAUUGAUUUAUGAAUUCUUUUUUUAAUCGAUUUGGAGAAAAAAACAUUAUUUUUUUGAAAAACAAAAUUUCUAUCCAUUAAUUCCAAAAUAUUCAUUAUUCUCCUUCAAUUCGUUUGUUUCUUUCCAGAAAUCGGCUUUUCUAAUAUUUGAUUGAGUCAUUUUCAUUUUUCCCCCAAGGAUUUUGGAAGGAAAAGAUUUAAUUGAUUUGAAAGUAUAGAAUUUUUCAAAAAUCAUGAUAUCUCAAUUUCUUUAUCGUUUAAAUUUGUCACGUAAUUAUUUUGUGCGUAUUGAGCUGGUUUUUUAAAUUUAACGUUUUGGACUCGUCAUUAUUUGAAAAAUUCAAAAAUUCCGCAUAUUUCAAAAGUGUGACUAAUCUGCUCCGGCCAGUGAACGUUGUGUGGAGAAAAAACGGAAAGAAAAGCUCAGAUUUCAGGAAUGUACGUUUCUUCGUCGUACGAUCCAUCAGGCGCCGGGUCCUACUAUUCACAAAGGCUGCAAAAUGUGAGUUUUAUUUUGAAGAAAUAAAAAAAUUUUUGUGAUUUAACUUUUUUAUCAAAUUAGAAGAAAAAUUUAAGGUGUUUAUAGAUUUUUUUUUUCAGCACAAAAUUAGGUAAAAAAAGGGGGGGUUUGUUUUAAAAUUGGUGCUAGAUUAUACUUUUUGAAGUCUGAACUGUGCGAUGAACCUCCCUGAAGCUUCUGUUGGAAAGUUUUUUCCCAUCCACGCGCCAUUUUGUUUUAUUUCCCGAGCAGAAGACUGAUUUUACGACGUGUUUUGUCUUUUCCUCCGCUAAUUGUUUCGGCUAUUCCUUUGAAACUUUUUUGGUAGCUUUAAAAGUGGGAGAUUGGUUUGUUAAAGCUACAGUGGGGAUAAAUAUCUUGAAAGGGUAAAAAAGGAAACUACGAAAUUUUUCGACGAAGUGAUCUAUUUCAUAUGAUUUUAUUGGUUAUUGUAGUGCUUCAAAGCGUUUUUUGAAUAUUUAAUUCAAGAAAAACACUUGAUUUUACUCAUUCAUCGAGCCCUGGAAAUUAUAAUUUUAUUUCCUAAUAUUUCUUGCAAACCUUUCAACUUUAAUAUUUAGAAAAUCUGAGAAAGUUUGAUUUUUUUUAAUUUCUUAGUUUUUACGGGUCUUCCAUCUGUGAGGACCAAAUUUUUUUCAGUGAAAAAAGCUUCAAAUUUUUUUUUUUUUUGCAUUUAACGAAAAAGCCUUGCCUUGUUUUACUGCUUCAUGAAUAUCUGAUAAUCGAAAUUAAAGUUUUUUAAAUGAUCAAAUCAUUCAUCUCAUCACAAUUUCAGAAAAAGUUGUAAGUUCUGAAAUUUUCUUAGGCGAAAUAUCCGAGUAAAGCAGCAGAAGAAUCCAGCAAUUUGUCCUAUCCGUGAAAACUGCCUUUGUCCCAUCGGAGCGCACUUUUGAUUUUAUCGUAGGCCUCAAUUAAUUAUGCCGGGAAACGUCGUUGAACACGGUCGUCAGCCCGUUCAGACUCCGCCCACUUUCUGGCCUAAGCCUCGAUUUCUCAUUCAUAAGGGCCCAUUUCCGUGCUGUGAGUCCUGUUUAGUGGACUCGCUAAUCGUCUGGCUUCUCUUGAUCUUCCUCUUCGAUUGUACUAAGGGUUCAGUAAUUCAUAUAUUAUGAGAAAAAUCGAAUUUUUUUGAUUGUAUUAGUGAGGUAAAUGAACUUGGAAGCCUUGAAGUUAGAUCAUAGAUUACAGUAAUUUUGAGGCAAAUGAAUAAGCAUUUAGUUUUGUGAACAAUGUGAGAUUCAGCCGACGUUUAGAGAAAUAUUUUCUAUAUUUUGAUGGAAAUAAAAAAAUUACCGAAAAAAAGAGAAAUAAAAAUUAACCCAAAAAUUUCUCAUAAGUUCAGCUUUUUCCAUGUGAUGAGGGUAUCGUAUGCGAAAAUGGGAUUACCAGGCUUCUUCUUCUUUUUUUUAUUUCUUCUUUUUCUUUUUCUUUUUCUUCUUCUUAUUAGCUUUAAAACAACUUAAUUUUCUGAGCGAUUCGAAAAAGAAAAAUUAAAAAACGGCCAAAAUUGUCCUGGCCAUUAAAGGUGCUCAGAUGGCACAACUCGAAAUGCCAAUAGGAUUAUGCGCUGUCAUAACUCGGAAAGGUCAAGGCAGCCGUUAAUUAGCCGCGUCAACGACAACCGUGCCGGAAAGUCGCUGGAUUGGCAAUCCGUCGGCCGCUCCCUUACGGUCCGACGCGCUUCUCCCAACUCGAAUUUUCCACGGUCUCAUGCUCUAUUUCCUUGAUUUGCUCCCGUUACUUUUUUCCUACCAAUGGCAAAUCAUCGGGAUAUUCUUCUCGCAAAUUUUUCGUUCUAACAGUUUUUCGUUAGAAUUUUUUCAAAAAAAAAGUUCUGAGCUGUUAAAAGGCGUAAAAAAUUUACACGACACUGACAACUUUCUUUUCCGCUUUGCCUGUGAUCCUUACAACACUUCAGCGAAACUUCAAAUCAAAUUAGUUUUUUUAAAGGUUAAUCUUUGCGUUUUAUACUCUAUCUGUCGAUUUUUCGGGCUUCAAUAAGUGGUUCUAGACGGAAAAAAUACGAUUUAAACUUCAAUUUGGAUGUUUCUAAGUUCUCUGACUCACCAGGACGUCAGGCCGAUUCACCUUCAUUUUAAAAAAAUUGAUUUUCAGAUUCGCGAGUUUUUUCUCAGUCUGUUCUUUUUGGUCUUCUUGUAUUUUUUAAUUAUUCGGUUGCUGAUGAUGCAUUUUUUUUUUUUUAACGGUUGAACACUGGUCAUAUCAGAAGUAAAUAAACGGACAGCAUUCUAUCGACUUUUUUUAGAGGAGAAAAAAAUCUUCUAAAAGUUUUUUUGAUAUAAAGUGGUUUGGAUAUAAAAAAAAGAGUUGGUUUUAUUAGUUCAAAGCUUGAAAAGUAUGAAAAAAAAGGGAAAAACCCCAUGUACUUAUCACGUUGACCUUUUGCUAUCGAUUUGAAAAAGCGGGAUUUUGGUCAGUAGCUGAUGAAAAGAAGACAAAUCGAUGGGUUGCGACGGCGAUCUGGCUCGUCAGCUGUCAUUUUUCCACGCAUGGCUCUCUCUUUAUGAAUCCUUGCAAACUUCAUUUCGAACACUAGCCGAUUUCUGAUCAGCUAUUGGGUUUUCAUAACUUUUCAUGAAUAUGUUCCUUGUUUGAAAAUUGUGGCAAGAUGGGUUUCUUUGGAAAAUCAGAUGAACCGAUUCUACUAUUUUUCUCUAUCAGGGACGGUUCAAUGAGGUUUUUCUCUUUUGUUUCCCGAAAGAUUGAGGGGGGAAAAAAAAAUUUGAUAAUUCUGUUUUUCAAACCGAUUUUUUAACCAUGCAGUUACAUUUUUUCGAUCCCACCUCUCAAAAGUUCAAAAUGCAGCUCUUUUUGUUUCCCACUAAUAAAACAUCAUGGGCUUACGCAACAGAAUAUACCCAAAUAAAGUCGUAUUUGCUCAUUAUGCACACCGCAAUCCGUAUCCACUGCCGGCCUCUAUUUGUUCUUUUUUGCGAACCUUUCGCGGUUCAUUUUUCAUUUUAGUCUUCAAAUUGCCCGUCUAUCGAUAUUGUUCUUAUUGAUUCACUCCUUUGUGCCGUUCAAGUCGAUGAGCCAAGGUCCUAUCCUGAUAUCAGUGAUAAUCAGUGGAUUGGCUCUAGUGACAUAUCCGUCCUUGUGUGUGACGGCUGAGUAUUUCUGAAGUCGAGAUUCUUUUCCACUUCCAGCAUUUUGUAAACCCCUUGGUAGCGGCGCGGAUCGAACUUGUGACCCUGUGGACCGUAGACAGGCACACAACCUGUUGCGCUGUGGCACGCCGCUUUUUCUAUCGAUAAUAUUCCAAUUGUUUUCGAUUUUCAGCAAGCGGCAGGUCCUUCGGAGUGGCGAGUCCAGACGCAGAUCAACAAUGCGAUGCCCGCACAAGGCGAUGUCGAGGUGAAUAUUUCCAAAAUCUGUCAAACGGAGUUUCGUAAUUUUUGAUGAAAAUGAUUUCAAAAAAAAAAUGAUGUUUUUGAUUGGAAAUUUUCAGUUAAAAAAAUUUUUAAAAAUAGACUUAUGAGAACUGAAAAAAACUUUCUUUUGAAAAUACAACAAAUUAAUGAAAAAAAUUUCGAUUUUUUUGUACCACGUGCGAUUAAAAUACCGUCAAAGUCAGUAUUUCAUUGUUAGCAUCUGAAUGAAAACAUUUUCUCACAUUUCGUCGAAAAAAAAACAAAAAAGUCGUUAAAAUAGGAAAGGUGGGCGAAUUUCUGUUUUCAUAGCUUUUUUAAACCUUGGCAUUUCCAGAAGUAUUCGGAAAUGCCCUUUUUCGCUUAUCGAUUGGAAAAAAAGCAAAAUAGUCUUCCUUUUUUUUGGGCGUUUUUAAUCUGUUUCUAGUCUUUGAUCAGCUUUGGUGCCGAUUGUUCUUAUUUAUACUGUUUCCGAUUCAAUAGAAAAACUUAUGUUAAAUUCCAUUUUUUUCGGUAAAUCAUUUUACAGUUGAUGAUAAUUGAUGGAUUUAUUCUGGCAUGUUUUAAAAGUCGUUUGGUUUUUAUUGUGGCUUUUCUGCUAGUUUUCAAAUUUCGAAAAGUUCUUUGGGUUUCAUUAAAAUGUUAACGAUUUUAUAGAACACGUAUAGUACACAUAAUUCCUUAAUAAAAGUUUUAAAUUUUGAAGUCUGGAUUCAAAAAUUUUAUUCUUUUUUUGCGAUCUUUCCUAUUUUCUUUCAAAAAAAUAGCUCUCAAAUGUUAGUAGAUAAUAUUUUGAACCCAAAAAUAUUUAGAUUUCAGAUCAAAUGGUAAGGUUUGACUUAAAAUUUGCUCUAAAAAAAUUAAAUUUUCCUCUUUUGAGCUGUCAAUUUUUCUGGGUUUUUUGAAAGUUUCAAACGAUCAACAGUUGACUUUUAAGGAUUUUGAAAACGUUAAAAGUUUUCAAUUCGAAAAAAAGUUUCAAGAAAUGACCACUAUAAAAAAAUCGACCGACUUUUCCAACAUACCAUUUCUCCUAGGUUCCUGGUCGGAAAACAGUAGCCGCCUUGCGACAAAUGAUCAACGACAGACUCGAAAUGAAGACGCCGACGGGCGGUGUCAGCGCUAUGAGGCCGAAAACUCCUUCAGGUACUGAGGCUUUUCUGAGGGGUUCCUAUAGGGGUUUGUGGUUCCCCCCCCCCUUUUUUUUUUCAUUUUCGAAGAUUUGAUUUGAAGCUUUCGAGUCGAAAAGGAGAUGAAUUUGGAAAUCAAGUAGGUUUUGAAGUUGAAAAUCAUUGAAAGGAGCCAUGUAAGUUUUUUUUUUUUAGCUUUCUAGCCCCAAUAUUUUUUAGAUCAGACUAGGAGGCCUGGAAAGUUAGAAAGGAUCUCGGCAAACUUUAUUUUUGUAUUUUUUGAGAAGCGAGCUUAAUUCCUGAAUUCCGUCAAUGGGAUUGUUGUACAGAAACUCUACUACUAACAAAGUAAAUGUUUUCCAGAUGAGCUGUCUACACCGUCUUGGGCGCACAGUGUUCGCGUCCACGAGCCCAGCGACUUCAUCGAUCCUCACGCCAACAAACACAACAUGGGAAGAGUCCUCGACGGACCUGUCAAUCCGCAGAAGUUCUUCCAAGGAGUUCCGCCGCCCAGCUACAACUUGGUCCAGCAUCAGCCUCCCCAGCAUCCCCCGAUCGAAGCCAAACCUCCAGCUCCUCCGAAACCAACGCAGCAAAGAACUUCUUCGACUAUUCGGAUAGCCCCUCAGCCAGCCCAAGAGCUGCCUCCGACCUCGAACUCAAACCUUCUGAACCUGAAUCCUCCAGCCAAACCCAUGUUCCGCUCUCCUUAUCACACUUCGGAACGGCAGUCGGACGUCAACUCGACGCUCAACAGUUCCAUGGAUUCCAGAGGUUUUGGUGGAGAAGACCUGGACGAUGGCGCUUCCAUGAUCUCUUCCUGUAUCUCGACCUUCGGGGACUCUUCGGAGGUCGCCGCUUUUUCGGCUUGCGGCGCUGCUCGCUCUCUCUACGACCAGUACCGCCAGCAGCAGCUCAAUCAGAAUGCGCCGAAAAGAGAGGUUGAGACUCCGAUGGCGAAGCCAGAACCCAUCCCUGAACCGAAGUCUCUCCUUCCGCCGUCUUCCUUGUUCUCUUCGGACAUCCAGCUGACGCCUUUUGGACAGAGCAACGUGGAGAAGAAGACAGAACCCCCUGUUGCAGAGCCAACUGUCAGAAUGUCGGAACCCAGAGAGUCGACGUCGUUUGCGGACUAUUCUCAAAGUGGAUCGCGGACGUCGCUUCCUCGCUCUUCAUCCAGACAUUCGUUGGACCUCGAGAGUUCUGAGUUGCUGCUCAAGUCGAAGUCUCCAGCUCCGUACAGCUCCAGCUCGGCGGAUCAUUACGGGACUAUCAGACGGAGACAUACUCCAGUGAGACUUUCGGAGGUGGCCUCGAGUUCCGAGACUGUCAAUUCUCCGGCAGCACAUGUCGAACACCGAAGCAAUGACAGUGGCUAUGAAGGAUCGUCUGCCAGGUCCCCGGAUACUGCGAGGUGAUUUUUCAAAAUAAUUAGUAGACUUAUUAAAAAAGCGUGAAGCAUAGGAUAUGAACAGAAUGGUUAAGUAUUAUAUUUUCGAACUCAUACUCUAACUAAAAUUUCGAAAAAAAAAGAUUAAAUUUUUUUAUUGAGGGGUGACAAUAUUUGAAUAAAUUGGAUUUGGAGAUUCAAGCUUGUUUUUUUUAUUCCGCAUUUAAAAGAAAACGGGAAAAUUUUACUGUGAUGUGAAUUGAGAAUUCACAUUUUUUGCCCCAGUUAAAAAAAGAUAUUCUUCAUAGUGAGACAGGGGUAAGAAAAAUCCUGCCCAAGGAGAUUUUUAAUUGAUUAAAUUUUUCGCAGCUUGAUUUCCAUAGUCAUUUUACCCAAAGCCUAUCAGGAAAAAAAAAAUCAACAGUAAAAACAAAAUAUGAACUUUUUAGAUACGAAAAAGACCCACUUCUGGAACCUUUCGAUCUGGCGUCUUCAAUCGCUUCGUCGUUGGCGGCGGCUUCAGAUUCUCGAACGGAACUAUCGAUCGAUUCGCGACGUCCCGACAGCUUCAUGUCGACGUCGACCUACGACGCGACGGAUCCACUCCUGACGCCCAACUCGCCCCCGGCCACCUCGAUGUCGAGCCGCGAGCCCAAGCAGACGCCACGCCCCCCGGUUGUCGCGGCGGGCGUUUUAGCGACCCCUGCGCCACUUGGCGAGCAGCCAACGUCUCACGCCGCGCACAGCCAUCAGAAUCCGACGGCGACGUCGACGACGGUCGCCGAAGAAGACGACGACGUCGCGCCCAAACGACAUUUCCAUCCGGCCACCGAGCCGGAGAUGUCGCUUUGGUACAGGAACAUGUUCAAGAAGAUGCACAAGGUCCCUCAGGACGAAGUUCCAGGUCAGUUUUUCAGAUAUUUAAUUUCUGUGAAAAAAAGAUUGCUUCAGGUUUUUCAUUGAUUUUUUUCUUUUUUUGCUUUUUUUUUCUUCUUCUUCCUAUAUCAAUAUGAUAUCACGAAUCAUUAUUUUUCGAAAUUCUCACUCCGAGUACUGUGUAUUUGGUCCUAUCUAAGUUCUGAACUGAAGUUUUGAGCUUUAUCUUACCAAAUUUUAUAUUUUCAUAAACUUAUGAAUGCAAAGUUUGCCUUUUUAUUUUUUUGAAAAAUAUAGUUUUUUUAAAUUUUUCAAAGAUUUUUUUGCAUUUUUCCAUGAAAAAAAUUUUUGCUUAUUACUCUGAUUAGGUUUUUGGUCCGAAAUGAUCUGUCCAAUUUUUUUUAUUUCAUUCACAUCUAGGUCAAAUACGUUUCAAAGAGGUUAUUUAUUCUUAUUUUUCGCACACUGUUUAGUCUGUCCUUCAAAGCCUCUCAAUAAUUAUUUUCUCUUUAUGUGAAACGGGAAAAAACCACUUUUCUGAAAUUUCCUGAAAAAUUUGUAGUUCUGACUGCUCCACCUUUUUUCGAACGAACGAGACAAGGCGCCUUUUUUAAAAUCUCCUUUCAUAAAUUCCCAAGCACCGGACUUUAGAUUGUAAAACGCCUUUACCAGGUUUGAAGAACUAUCUGCACCGCCCAAAAAAGAUUUUCCCAUGUGCGCUUGUCAUAUCUCUUCCGCUUUCGUUAUUUAAUUUGUGUUGCUCUUUCUCUCUCUUUCUCGAUACACUGCCGAAGAACAGGACGAUUCUGAAAGGCGAAUAUGUGGUCGAAAUGCAUAAAGUCAACAUAAUGCGUCGGCGAAAGUUGGUGGUGGAGAAAGAGAAAAGAACAAACACGAUAGAAGAUGCCGCCGGAGCUGCAGAAAAGUAAGAUGCUCGAGCUCGUCACAGCGAGCACUUAAGGGGGAUUCCGCUUGUUUCCGCUUCUGUUUGGACUUUUCUUUUUUUGCUCCUUCACGUUUCCGCGCCAGACGGGGUGUUUCUGGCCAAUGAUUAGUGAUCUGAGUGAACAGAUUUUGGUUUCGGACUUUCAGCUCGAAGUGGGAUAUUUGUAUUUGAUUCAAGAGUGUCUUAAGCCAGCAUCCAGAAAGUUACUGUAUUUUCAAAAAAAAUAGCUCAUGAAAAGAAUCCUCUAUAGUCUACAGUUCAUGAACUAAUCUGCAAGUUUUUAAAGAAAAACAAAAGUUUAUCAAGCUCUGUACUUUUUUUUAAAAGGAAAAUCACUAAAAUGUGCUUGAAAGCCUUCUAAAAAUAACAACGAAAUUUGAAAAAACUAGAUUUUCAGGACGCUGUUUUGAGAGAUCAAACGGUAGUCAAAUGAUUUUUUUUGUUUUUUUACUGAUUUAUUUGGGUUUUCUUAUCAAAGAGAUUUUUUUAUUACUGCGAAAUCCGGCUUACCAGAGAAUGGUCUCUGGUCCCAUUUGGACUUCGUAACGAGAUCAAGCUUACUGAGUUUAGUUUUUUUUCGUGUAUUCCAAAUCUGGUCUGGAGAACUGCCGCGAAAAAACCAUUCAUGGACGUUCCAAAAUCGAUUGAAAUUUUAAAUCUCCAAAAGCUUGUUUUUGGAGGAUCUUGUCUUUUUGGAAGAGAAUAACCAAUAAUUUUUUCCUCAGCAGUUUUUGAGCAUUAUAUGAUUUUUAAAAAGCUUCGUACAUGAUAAGAAUGAGAGCGCGAUGUGGUUUGCUCGAUUGAAAACUCAAAUCAUCGACUUUUAAAGGUCCAUAACUUUCUUCCACAAACAUGAACGUCAUUUUUUGAGAUCAGAUUUUAAAGACCUCAUAAAAACUACAUCUGGUAACCUUGAUCUCAUUCAGAAGUCCAUCAAGACCGGAGAGACUAUUCCCGGGCUAGAAAUGACGCGGCCCGGACUGUUUCUGGUUUCAUGCACCUAAACGUUUCCGCAAACUGUUAGUACAUGCAACAGUUUUGCGGGAGCCGCGAGACUCACGCGUUGGUUCAGAAGCGCGGCGCAAAUAUUACAAGGAGCUUUCCCACUCGCCGACGGCUUUUGUUGAUCUCCCAAGAGCCUCCCGCCCUCCCACUACACCAGAAUCGAUCCUCCAUCAAUAACUAUUAGUUUCCAACCAUUUCUCAUUGAAACCCAACCUCAAAAAGUUAACGCCAAUCAAAAAAGGAACCAAAAAAAGCCGAGGAAAUUAAAUACGAGCCUCGUUUUGUUCUUUUCCGACGCGUCUUCUCUUCCAAGCUCCUUUCCCGACAUAAAUAAUUUAAUUUUCCCUCUCCGCCAGUAUUUUCAGAUGCCUUUUACUUAUUUUUUCUCUCAGUUUUGCUUGGUUUUUUUCUUGUGUUUUGUAUUACAGAUACGGUAAUAAGUUUGGAAAUUUAAAAAAAUAAAUUCAAAAAAAAUUUUUUUUGCUGGAAAAACUGUUGAGCUUGGAAAGAAUAGAAUCAGAGCAGGAAAAAAACCGUUUUGCUAUUUUUUUUUUCGGUAUCACUUUUCUUGAAUCCAUUUUUCAUGUAUUCUGUCUUACAUAGCCACAUGCCAAAUAGUCGAGAUUCGAAUUUUAUGCGAAGAAAAUCUCUAAAUACCCUCACUUAUCUUCUAUUUUAAAAGCAUUUUUACGAGGUUUUUCUGUUUUUCUUCGAAGCUCUGCCUCAAUGAACUAUUUAAAAAAAUUUUUUUAUAGUUAUAAAAAAAACAGUUUUUUUAAGAAAAGAGGAAUUUAAUCAUCAGAAAGACCUUUUUAAUGUACAACAAUUAUAAAAAGGUAAAAAGUUACGUCUUAUCGUUUUCUCUGCAGUAUCCAUCGGCUAUUGAAGCAGUUCAACUUUUUUUCUUUCAUUUUUUUUUAAAUCUCUACUUUUUCUAUUCAAAUAAAAAAAUCAUAAAAUGUAUACCACUCAAAUUUUUCCUUUUUCCUCUCACCAUUUUUCUCCUCCUAGCCCUUGAAUUUCCUGAGGUAUCGCACUUUUUUGAGAAUUCAAGUACACGGCUGGAAACAAUGCGUCCGCCCAUUUUCCCUCGUUUUUGUUUCUUCUCAAAAAAGUGCUCGCUGAAUUUUGAGCAACGCGAGAAAAAAACGCGCGAAAAUGCGACCUGUCUUCUUUGCUGCUCGAGUGCUUUUCCUGUUGUUCUUUCCAAACUUUCCUUUCCCCUUAUCGCUUUUUCGAAACAAACGCAUUUUUAUGUGUUUUUCUUUCUUUCUACGCUUUUUUUGUGUAUUUUUCUAUAGUUUGUCGAUUUUUUCUAUAUUGUUUGUUCACAUCAACGUUAUGGUCUGUUUAUGAGCGAAAAAUGAUUCUAAAUUGUUUUUUUUUGGUGGAGACUGUUCAUUAUGAACGUUUGAAGGGUCACUUUGCAGUCAAAUUUGAGAAGUACUUUGAAAAUUUCGCUGAUUUUUAAGGAAAUCUUUCAAGAGAAUAGAGUAUUUUUUCAUUCCUUCAAGCCAUUCAGCAAGCUUUUUUCAAAGUCAAUUUUCGCUUUUAUUUUUUUAUUGUUCCUCCAAAGCUUCUCUACGGUCACCUUGGCGGAAAGCUUUUUUUUUUACUCUACUAGCUGACUACACAAAUUAAGAAAAUGCGAAACGAUGACAAUCUGAUUUUUGGAGAUGUUUUGAAUAAAAUAGAGUGAUUUUUUUCAUUCACUAAUUAUUUUUAACCCCUCUUUGGAUAUAAUAAGAUACCAGCCGAACCAAAAUUACCCCUUUCUCAGAACUUUUUUUCAAUUUCAAAGCCUAAAUCCAAGUGCGAUCGUAUAAUUUUUCGUUAUAUAAGUUAUGAGAAAAAGUUAAAGACAGAAAAGUUUUUUUCGGUUUUUCCAAUGCACCUUUCAUUGAAAAAAAUUCCUAAGACGGAUUAUUAUUUUCCCAUUUUUUUGGUUCUUUUGAAAUGAUUGAAAAAAGCCUGUAUUGUACAUGUUCAUUGUUUCAAGAAGAAUUAUUGAAAAAAUGAUGAUUGUAGAAAUGAAUUGGGCAAUUUUUGUGAUUUUCUAUUUAAAAAAACCGAUCCCAAAAAGUAAAAAAAAAUAGUAUGAAUUUUUUUGCUUAUAGAGCGAAAUUUUACGUCUUUUCUUGGAUAUUAUUUCAAAUGUUACUCGUCAUUUUUUUUGAACCUGAGACAUGAUUUUAAAAAAAGACUGGCCUCUUUUAUCGGAUGAUUGUUCACUCUCCACUUUAUUUUAAGAUUGAAAAAAAAGCUGGCUAUACGAAGUUUCUGUUUCUUGUCCCCAUGUUGCAACAUCUGUGUUCGCUAUUAAUCGUUUCUCUUUCCGUUUGUACUACUCCCCGUAUUACAUUGUUUAAAGCGCUCUUCAUUACGAAAACAUCGAUUUCGAGUCAUUUUCUACUAUUCGAAUUCUUUUUAGAUUGAGGAAAAGUAAAAGAAAAAUGGAGAAGGUCCAAAAUAGUUGGUCGCCCGAUCGAGCAGACUUCCUAAGCUUCUUCCACGUUUUCCUGGCUCAUUUUUCUUUUUUUCCUCAUCUGGUUUUCUUUCUCUCUGUGGUUCUUCUUUUAAAAAAGUUUUGUUGCUUGUGCAAAGUACUACAAGGAUCUUUGAUCCUUAUUUUUUUUUCCUAUUUGGGUAAUCUUAUCAUAACUCCAUUUGAAAAUUUCAAACCAACCUCGAGGGAACUUUUUUACUCGAUUUAAAGCUAUUUUGAAAUUCACUUAACAUUAAGCUGAUGCCGUACUUGGUAAUUUCCGCGUACUGCGAAAUUAUCUCUGACUCCCCGAAGUUAAGUGAUCUUUUUUACUCUCUAACGGUUAACUAAAGAAUUUCGCGAAACCUGCUUGAUUUUUCAACAUUCAGUCGUCCCCCACAUUCAAAAUCUAUAAUCAAUGCAUUUUUUUAUUUGGUCGUUAUAAUAUAUUUUUGCAGCCGAAUCGAUUCUGCGGCAAACACAGCGCGAAGAACAUUCUCCAACGCCUACCAACAACUCCUCGAGUAGGAUCUUUUCCAUUCAUCAGAAGAAGAUUAUUAUUGAGAUGAAUUAGGCUUAAUUUAACGUUUUUUUAGGCUUGCCAGCCAAAUUGAUUGAUUAUGAGUACUAUUAAGGUCAGAAUUUUUUCAUCUAAUAACUUUUUUUCGUAAAUCGAGUUGAGUUUGAGAAUAGAGAAUCAUUUUUUCCACUGUUUAGUUGCAGUGAACGUGGAUUCAAUUUUUUAUUUCGUGUUUCCUCAGGAUCGAAGCUAGUAUAUUUUCAAACUUUUUUUCUUGGAAUGCAUUUUGUGAGGCUUUUAGAACCGCUGUACAGGCUAAAACACAUUAAAACAGAAGUUUUAGCUUUUUAAUCUUUUGAAAUGGGGAAAAGGCCUUUUAGAAAGAAAAAAUGAGAAAAGAUGAAAGGAAAAAAAAAUAUUGAAAAAUGGCUUCAAGCUUGAAAAAAGAAAGGAUUUGGUGAUUCAAUCCAUGGAAUUUUUCAAAGUAAAAGAACGAAAAUCGAUCGAUUGAAGGGCCUCUGACGCCGUCGACCCACGUGACUCGAGCUCAACGCUUCGAGGUCGACAUAACUCCGCGCCGGGCUCGUUCCGUCGGUCGUGUCGUCGAGCCUGACGACCAGCCUGGUUCGUCUUCUGGAAUAGAUAGGAUUUUGAAGUUUAAGGGGCAAGUAAAAGAUCAAUAAGUCCGGGAGGAGUGUGACUCAUUAAAAUUUGGAAAAAAUAGGUGUGAAGUCUUUGUUUGUGACCCAAUACUCGAAUUGUUCACGCGAGGUCAAAGGUCAUAAAUACUGAAGAAAAAGAAUUGAAAAAUAUAGUCUGUUCAUAUUUCGAAGGCCAAGUAGCUAACUCAGCCCUCAAGACUACAUCCAGAUGACGAUGAACCUUUAGAACAAAAAAAAAUCAAAAAUCAUCCUGAACGCGAAAAGAUACUGUGGCUGCAGGGGCGAAGUUAUCUGGUUGACAUUUAGAAUCUGAACAGACUAUAGAAACAAAUGUCGAAAAAAAAUCUUGUUCCAACUGAUGUUCCUUUCUUUGGAGCUUUUUUCUCUUUCAAGCACCUCAUUCAAAAUGCGAAACGUUACUCAAUCAGUUUGCGUGUCUCGCCACUUGUUCAGUCAUUUUUUCGCGUCUUUUUUCUCAAAUGCCUACAUGCGCUCGUCUCGUUCUUUCCAAUGUAAGUUAAUUCAAAAACGAUUUUUGGCUGGAAAUAUAUCUCCUAGCAUUGCUCUAUUGGCUGAAAAAUCUUAAAAAUGAAAGCAGUUCAAGCCGUUAAGUACAAACAUUUCAGCUUUUCACGUUUACUGCAAAAAUUGUCUCAACAAAAAGAUGAAAAUGGUAGUUUUUCAAAAAGAAGAGAAUAAGCGCUCUAGGAUAAAAUGUCAUUGAAUAAAUUUUUUAAAGUGGUAUACAAUAAGUUUUUUUUUGACAAAAAUCUCAAAUGAAUUAUUUUUUUGCACAAGCGCUUUAUGAGAUUUGAGCGACGCAGUCCGAUAAACUGCGGAAAUCGAGAAAAAUUUAUUCGUCCAAAAAUAAGUGAAUGAGCGCUCCACGGAUGAAAAAUGAUUGAAACUUCCAGAUUUUUUGACAAGAAAAAGCUCUAAUGAACCGUUUUCUUUUCGAAAUGUUCUACGUUUACUUCUACUUUCCUCAACAAAAUUUUCCUCAAAGUUAUGAAUUAAUUUUCCUAUAAAUUUCCCUUCAAGUCCUAUUCGAUUUGCUGUGCCUUUCCCAACUAACCAAACUCAACCCCGCAGGCGGCAGUAACCUGUACGCGUGGCAAAGGUCGCAGACGCCGCACUUCCAUCUGCCGUCGUACAAGUUCCGCGACGAAGAUCCGCGGCCGAUCCGCUGCUCGUUCGGCGGCUGCGGAACGCCGUGUGCGCGAUGUCGUCGGCCGCGUCGCGACCAAUCCUUUGAGGAAGUCGACCGAAUCUACGACCAGAUGGACCGUCAGAACGAGAAAGACGCCGAAAAGACUCAGCGACGUCUUGGUGUGUCUUUUUUGCUCUGGAGUGACUUUCAAUGAUAACUGUAACAUUUUUGGAUUUAUCGAUAAAAAAAAUCUUCUCUUUUUUUGAAAAAUUUACCUAGGCAAGAGGGCUCAAAGAUAAUUGAACUUCUUUGAAAUCUUCAAAUGUUCAGAAAUGAUCUUUUCAAGCUUUCCGUAAGCUCCUUCGUUUUCGAAAUCUCAUAUUUUUGAAUUUGUAAUACUGGAAGAAUUUCAAUAUUUUUUUGAACUUUUUUUCAUGAAACUUUUCUACUAGCAGACGGAUGGCUCAGAGAUUUUCCUUCUUUUUUUCAGAUCUCGAAAAAGUUUAUAGAUUUUUUAUUCUUUCAUGAUGGAAAUAUUCCUCUUCUAAGCAUGUUCCCCUUCUAACUCUGAAAAUAACUCUUCAGCCUUGCGGUGUAUGACUGAAAAGCUCGACGCGACCACCGAGGAGUUGGAGCAGUUCAUCGACCAGCUGGACAAGACCUGGCGCAGGUCCAGAAGUACCCCAAACGUUGAUCGAUCAGGCAUGACUUCUCUCCUCUUUCCAACUCCUAUCUCGAUUAAUUUUCACAUCUGGUUAACAUUUUUUGCAGUGAUUCUUGGAUUACGUUUGAAAGUUAACACUGUUUCCUUGAAGUUAUAUUUGUUUCCUGUUUAUUAGGCUGCGGUUUCAGGGCCGUUAUUAAGAGAAGGAAACGCCAGAAAUGCAAUAAUAAAAAUAAAAUGUAGGACAAUAUUCGAAAAUAAGGAAUUUGAUUUGAAAUACGUUUUUUUCCUCAGUUAUCAACCUCGAAAAAACCUUUUUCAUAAUUUCUUAGCUAUUUAAACAAUUAUUUUUUUAUAUAAAGAAAAAUGGUUUGAAUCACGACAAGUUUAGGAAUUUUCAGCGAGAGUCUUCAUUAGUAUCUCUAAAAACCAACCUAUUGGACUUUAUUAAUCUUUGAACUCGAAGAAAGUUUCCGACUAGCUCUCCUUAAAAACCCCUUAAAUGGUCACUUUCAGAAAAAGAACGAUCUCCAGCUCGGCUCGCAGAGGAAAUCGCCGAGUUGAAGAGGUUAUCAAAGGAGGAAGUAAGAAAAAUGAGCUUGAAAAAUGAAAAAAAAAAAGUUUUCCAGGUUCUGUUGAAGCAAAAAGCGGACAGGUUAACAAACGAAUUACAGAAGGAAAAAGAUCGUCGGCACGCUUUUGUGUCAGUUUUUUCGAUAAAAGUCAUGAAAAUGGAAAAAUAAAUGUUUUAAGACCUUCUAUUGCACCUGCACUUCAGAACAAUAUGGACCGUUUUGACACGUUGAUGAAGGUAUUUCUUGUCUCGAAAUCGCGAUUUCAAAAUGAGAAAUAUUCAGGAUUAUUCCUACCGGCAAUCUCCGAUACGUGAUGAUGUUUCUGUGACGGUUGGUUUUGUGGAAGGAUUUUUUGAUGGAAUAAAAAAAUAAAUUUUCACAGUAGUAGAAUGGCUCGGAGCGUUUAUAGAUUUGAUAUUUGAUCAAUCUUCAAUGAUUUCUCGUUGCUCCGAGCGCAAGUCGUUUCAAGUCGGACGCACCUCAAAUAAAAAUUUUAUCAGCCGUUAAGCAUCGAGCCAUUCCAAACGCGACAAUGGGCUCAAAAUAUAUACUUUUCAUCUUGUAAAAAAAGAAUUUUUGAAAAUUUUAAUCAGACCUUCAUGUGGGAUAAUGACGCUAAAGAAAGAAAAAAAUUUUUAAGGUUUGAAGUACUUUUGAAAAUUUCGAUGAAAAUGGAAAUCAAGAGUACAGUGUUUCUUGUCAAUUUUCAUAGAACAUUCUGCUGAAUUGUGGAAGUUCAGUAUGAAAAAGUAAAAUUGAAAUUUUCUCACUAAAGUUUUUUUCUGCUCAUAUUGCCGUCUCCUUAUUGGUUUCUGAACUUUCAGACAAACUCACAAAGAGCGCCUGUUUUGACAGCCACCGCGAUUUACAGAUUUGACGCGAAAUCGGCCAGGUUUUUCCCAAAAAUUUUGUCAACCGUUAAUUUUCUCUGUUCAAGAGAACUGUCUCUAAACAAAGGCGAUGUGGUGCGGCUCACGAGGGAGAUCGAUUCUCAUUGGAUGGAAGGGGAAAGAAAUGGAAAAUGUGGCAUUUUUCCGGCCAGCUAUGUUCAGGUUCGACCUUUUCCCCGUUUCAGUCGACGUUCUUUCUUCUCAGGUUGAAUACGAAUUCGAGAGGAGUCGCCAGAAAAUGCGCGCCGUCUAUCCGUUCACCGCCAGAAACAGCAACGAAUUGAGCCUGAAAAUGGUGAGAAAACAAAUAAUUAUUAUGUCUCUUUUAUUGUGUAAAGAAACCUAUUUCAGUUAGAAAAAGCUAUUUUGGAAAUUUCUUACCAUCUCUUUUAGACCGUUUCCAAAAAUCCAAUUUGAAAACGAAAUUUUACUCGCCCUUUUUUGUUUUAGUUACACAUUUUUCAGGGCCCAAAAUGUGUUGAAAAAAAAUUUAUGUCGCUCCAAAAGAAACAAAAAAAUUUUAUUUGUUUUUUUUUCAUUCAAGUAAGAUUUGAAAUCUCACGCUUUGAUUUCUGAGAAAAAGUAGGUUUUUCUUUAAAUUACAGAACCGACUUUCAGGGUGAAAUCGUGACGUUCCGACGAGAAAUCGACUUGAAUUGGAUGGAAGGCAGUAAUCAUAUCGGGCAGAUCGGAAUUUUCCCUUCUUCUUACGUCCGAAUGCUUUCAGAUCCGCCACAGGUUCAUCUUCUGAUAUUUUUUGCAAUUAACAGUUUCAUAAAUUUUUCAAAUUAGAAACUUCAAGAGAAGUUCAUAGCUCAAAGACAUUUGAAAAAAAUAUUUUUUUAAAUAUUGAAAAAAAUUAUGCAAGGCUAUGAGAAAAAGUAUGUUUAAUUGUAAAAAUUUCCUGUGACAUUUCAGCUUUUUAUUUUUUUAAAUUUUUUUUCAGACUGCUGGAAUAGCUUGUUUUUCUAAAAAUAAUAGUGAUAGAGAAAAAUAAUUUUUUUGAAUUUUUGAAUUUUGAGGAAGCUCCAAGCGCAAUCGUACCAGAUAGGCCGAAGACGCCGAAGCUUCCCACCAAUCCUGUUUUUGACCCCGAUGUCCCGCCUAUUCAGUUCGUCUCCUCCUAUUCUUCACACUGUCAAAUUCAUCUUCAGUAUUGAACCCCAACAGUCGAGGCCGAUGGUCCGUUUCGAAGAGGACAAGCCGACGAUGAGCAAUGGCUAUGUCCAACAGGAGUUUCAGCCCCUGAAAAAGUAAUAUUACCAUACUUGGGCGACUCGCAUAGUCCAGGGGGCAGGGUUGAUUUUAAAAUCUUUGGAAAAAUUUGUUAUGAAAUUAAAUUUUCUACUUGAGUUGACAAAAGAAAAGUAAGUUUUAAGCUCAGGAGCAAAAAAACAUGACUUCAGUGGGAAGAUUUGGAGAUUCUGUCUAAAAUUCUAUCUAAAAAUAGUUUAUUUCUUCAAGCGGAAUAAAAAAAGAGCAAGGAAGCUCCAAAGAAACCAGAAACUUUUGCUUCGCCUUUGAAAGUUUGAGAGCUUUCUAAAACUCGUUCUUUGAAAAAUAAGCUUUUCAAGGAAGUAUGGGAAAGUUAUGUGCUGAAUUUUCUUUUUCGAAUAAUCUUUAAUUAUCGGGCAAAGCAUUGACAGAAGAAAAAAAUACAAAGUUUACAAUUUUCCAGUGAAAUUCAAGCGUUGGAUCGUUUGGCUCUGUGGGAAGGCCGGAAAACGACGCGGCCAGAAGACCACGAUUUCUUCGAUCGACGGCCUUUCGAGCACAACCAACCGUCUUUCGGAGUCCCUUCCAAUGCGGCGGCUCCGCGAGCAUCCGCACCUGUGACGUCACGACCUCCGGGCGACAUCCGCGCGAAUCCCGCCAGCGUCAUUCCUCGUGGCAGCGAGAUGUUCGUUUUCUUCGAUUGAGUACUUUUUAGACUGAGAAUUUAUUUUUAAAUCUGUCCGUUGUAAUUUUUUUAAGUCAAAAGAGUGAAAAAAAUCCAAGUUUUUAUAUAAUUAUUUGGGUUCAGUUCUUCUCAUAGUUUUGAUAAUUUUGAAGAUUUUUUUAGUUUUGAACUGAAAAAUCGGCAAUGGGUUUUGGUAGUUGCAACACAUAUUUUACAUUUUGUAAUUCUCAUUCUCUGACAGCUUUUUCGCAAAAUAACUUUGAACACGGUGUGGUGUAUGUAGAUAAUGGAUCACGUGGAAGAUAAAACCACUAUAUGAAGGUCUGUUCUCACAUACCCUCACGAAGAGCCUCGACACUGCUGGAAACGACGACGACAGCGACACACCCGAUGGGUCCGCGAAAGUGGCGAUCAGGAUGAGAUGGUUGGUCGCGGGCGACGCGGACCCAUCGGGUGUGUCGCUGUCGUCGUCGUUGUCAGGGGCAAGGUUCUCCGUGAGGGUCUGUGAAAACAGGCCUUUAUAUAGUGGUUCUAUCUUUCACGUGAUCUAUUAUCUACAUACACCACACUCUUUUGGAGACAUUAUAGUUUUGAUUAAAAUUUUCCCAUAGAAGUGUUGAAAUUUGAAUAUUCAGGUACCGCGCUGUGUUCCCUUACAAGCCUGAGAAGAGCGACGAGCUCGAACUCCACGUCAAUGACAUCGUUUUCGUCGUCGAGAAGUGUGAUGAUGGCUGGUACAUCGGUAUGUUUCGAACUUCUCGAAGCGAAGAACUCUAGUGGCAACUUAAGAAGUUUCUCAGGGGUUACUUGAAGAAACUAAAGUGGUCUCUAAAACCACCCCUAUAGAUGCCACUACUUCGCAUCUUGAUUGUCCAUAAAACUUUUAGCUGUCUACUAGUUCCUCCAGACUUCUAAAGAGGCCACUAAAUUUUUCCCACUCAAGCGGCCACUAGUUAGACUAUUAUAAUAGCCACUAAAACGCCAAAACCCUAAAGUGGCCACUAAAAAUGUUCUCACAUCUUUUUGUUGUCUCACCUCCUAUCAGAAAUCAAUUUUCGGCCAAAAAAGAACAUCACGUGCCAUUUUUAACGUCACACAGUAGAAUCACAACGCGAUUUUAAUUGCCCUCUCAAUAAAAAAAUGUGUAACUUCAGCUGUUUGUUUUUUCAGGAACUUCCCUGCGGACAGGAAUUUUCGGGACUUUUCCUGGCAACUACGUCCAGCGCCAUUGA